AUGCCGAGCAUCUCGCCGAGCGCCAAGAGUGGUGACGGCAACAGCAAGCCGAUGCGCAAGACCAAGUGCCGCAACGCGUACCAGCGUGAGAUGCAGCGCAUCUACCGCAAGGCCGAGGCCGACGAGCGCCAGCGGCUGCGGGAUCAGGCGGCGGUGCUCGAGGCCAAGGUCGCUGUCCUGCGACCCGCCGCAAGCACGCUCCUGCCGUGGCAGCACGUCGCGAUCAGUCUGCGCGACGAGCUCGAUGCUAGCCACACGACACACGCCGAUCUGCGCCGGCGAGUACGGCGGAUCAAUCUCUUGGCCCACCUCAUGCACGCGUAUGCGUCGUCCGUGCUCGCGUCGUCGACGCUUCUGCGUGGCCGCACCGAGACGUGGCAGCACGUCUCGCUGCCGGCUGCGAUGCCCGCCCGCGCGCUCGGGCUCGACUGGAUCACGCGCCAGCUCUACUACAACACGGACGCUGUCCUGUCGCAGCAUGCGUUUCCACCGUGCACGACUCGCGAGGGCCAAACCUUCUUUGACAUUGCCGUCUCGGACACGGACGCGACCGUGGUCAUUCGACACCAGCGGCUCGUGGCGCGGCCACUGGCCGUCCUCACGGCGGCGUACCAUGAGUUCUUUAUUGGCGGCAACGGCUUUGGCUAUGCGAUCGAAGAUCUGGACACGCUCCCGGCCACAGAAAACAUGGUGUACCGACGGCGCAACGUGGGGAACCGUGUGCUUGGGGACUUGGUCCAAAACUACGUCCACCGCCAGUUUACUGCACCGACCCGGUCCGUGCUCGUGGCGCGCAAUAUUCUUUCGGACGACAAGGUGCCCCUCGGCCUCUACAAGCGCGACGCCUCUGGCUGGGUCGUUGCGACCGCGAUGGGUGCUGACACGACGCUCGUACAAGAAGUGUGGAGCAUCUGCCCGCUGCUCAAAGGCGCUUCGAACGACGUUGCGCCGUUUGCCGACGAAGCAUGUCUGUAUGGCCUCGAUUUGCGCACGCUCCCGCCUGCGCUGCACUUUAGCGCGCUCCAGCAAGCCGUCCACCGCCUUGGGCAAAGCGUGCUCGCAAAGCGGGCCCAGUUCUUCGACACGGUUCGAUGACAGUAAUAGAGGCU